UUCCUCCGCGUACUUUUUUUUUUUUUUUUUUUCCUCUCUACCCUGGGUGGCGGUGCGGGCUCCCGGAUGGUUCGCUGCCAGUAGCCGGGGGCCGCGUCUCCUCCCCCCGCCGCGCCACCAUGUCCUAGGGGAGUUAUGGAGACAAAAGGAUACCACAGCUACCCAGAAGGCUUAGAUAUGGAGAGACGGUGGGGUCAAGUUUCUCAGUCUGUGGAGUAUUCUUCCAUAGGUGCUGGAGAGCAGACUGAUGACAGUAACUACAUGGAGAUUGUAAACGUCAGCUGCGCCGCCGGCACUUUCGCAAACAGCAGCGCUCAAGGAAACGGCAAAGAAAAACCUGAGCUACUCUCCUGCCUGCAGCAAGACAACAGCCAGCCUGGCCUCCUGCGCUCUGACAUCAAAACCGAAACAGAGUCCAAGGAGCUGUCGGCAACGGUGGCCGAAUCCAUGGGUUUGUACAUGGAUUCGAUACGAGACGCCGAUUACCACUACGAUCAGCAGAACCAGGGGAGCCCAGGAAAGAUAUACCAGAACGUGGAGCAGCUGGUGAAGCUCUACAAGGAGAAUGGCCAUUGCUCCUCUCCCCUCCACAGCGCCAGCAGGCCCUUGAGGUCUCUGAUGUCAGACUCUGGGAGCGCUGUGAACGGCGGUGCCAUGCACACGAUUGUCAAAAGCCCCAUCAUGUGUCAAGAGAAAAGCCCCUCAGGCUGCAGCCCUCAGAACAUGGCCUCUUCAGUGUGUAGUCCUGCGGGAGUUAACUCCAUGUCCUCAACCACCGCUGGCUUUGGGAACUUUGCCAUGCACAGCCCCAUGGGGCAGGGCACCCCUCUGUCGCGCUCGCCCAACGUUGAGAGCCGCGGCUCCAUGCUGCACAGCCCCGCGCACGUCAGCAAUGUCGGCUCUCCGCUUUCCAGCCCUAUCAGUAGCAUGAAGUCGCCGAUCUCCAGCCCUCCCAGCCACUGCAGCGUGAAAUCUCCCGUCUCGAGUCCCAACAAUAUCACUAUGCGAUCUUCUGUGUCCAGUCCUGCAAACCUGAACUCCAGGAGCUCCAUUGCCAGCCCUUCCAAUGCCAAUAACAGGUCCACGCGUUCUAGUCCAGCGGUUAGCACUGUGGGAUCAUCCAUCUGUAGCCCCGUUAACAACUCCAUAGGGUUCCCGCCUUCUGGCACACCAGUGGGGCCUAGCAGAAGCCAAGACACCGUUCCCAGUCCAGAAACAAAAGACAAGGGUGCUCAAGAACUCACGUUUCCUAAGAUGGAGGAAAUGGAGAACGCCAUCUCCAACAACAGCCAGAUGAACCUUGUUCAGUUCAUAAAGCCCGAGCCAGACGGGUCCUUUGGCAGCGCUUGCAUUGGCGACAGCGGCAGCAGCAAAAUAAACUCAGAUUCCCCCUUUCCAGUACCAGUGAAGCAAGAGUCGGCCAAACAUCCUUGUUCUGGUGCCUCCUUUAAAGGGAAUCAAACAGUAAAUCCUUUCCCAUUUACAGAUGGCUCGUAUUUUUCUUUUAUGGAUGACAAAGACUAUUACUCUCUUUCUGGGAUUUUAGGACCACCUGUUUCUUCAUUCGAUGGAAAUUGUGAAGGUAGUGGUUUUCCAAAUCCAGGCCUACGUGUGGGGAUUAAGCAGGAGCCUGACGAUGGCAGCUAUUACCAAGAGAACAGUAUACCAUCCUCUGCCAUUGUGGGGGUAAAUUCAGGUGGACAGUCAUUUCACUACAGGAUCGGUGCCCAGGGCACGAUAUCCUUGUCGCGGCCAGUGGCUCGAGAGCAGACAUUUCAGCACUUGAGCUCCUUCCCUGCUGUCAGCACGCUCGUGGAGACCUGGAAGUCGCAUUCGGAGUUGGCAUCCAGAAGAGGUGAUGGGUAUCCAGUUCUAGAGUACAUUCCAGAAAAUGUGUCCAGCUCUUCAUUGAGAAGUGUAUCAACUGGAUCUUCAAGACCUUCCAAAGUGUGUUUGGUGUGUGGAGAUGAAGCAUCUGGAUGUCAUUAUGGGGUGGUUACAUGUGGCAGCUGUAAAGUUUUCUUCAAGAGAGCAGUAGAAGGCCAGCACAAUUACCUGUGUGCGGGAAGGAACGACUGUAUAAUUGAUAAGAUUCGGAGGAAGAACUGCCCAGCCUGUCGAUUACAGAAAUGUCUGCAAGCUGGAAUGAAUUUAGGAGCCCGGAAGUCCAAAAAGUUGGGGAAAUUGAAAGGGAUGCACGAGGAGCAGCCCCAGCAGCGGCAGCAGCCGCCCCCGCAGAGCCCCGAGGAAGGGACGACGUACAUCGCGCCCGUGACCGAGCCCUCUGUCAACACUGCACUUGUCCCCCACAUGUCUGCUAUCUCACCAGCACUUACUCCCUCUCCUGUGAAGAUCCUUGAAAGCAUUGAGCCGGAGAUCGUGUACGCAGGAUACGACAGCUCCAAGCCGGACACGGCGGAGUACCUGCUCUCCACCCUAAACCGCCUGGCCGGCAAGCAGAUGAUUCAGGUGGUGAAGUGGGCGAAGAUACUUCCAGGAUUUAGAAACUUGCCUCUCGAGGACCAAAUUACUUUAAUUCAGUAUUCAUGGAUGUGUCUGUCAUCGUUUGCCUUGAGUUGGAGGUCAUACAAACAUACAAACAGCCAGUUCCUCUAUUUUGCUCCAGACCUGAUCUUCGAUGAGGAGCGGAUGCGCCAGUCGGCGAUGUUCGAGCUGUGCCAGGGCAUGCACCAGAUCAGCCUGCAGUUCGUGCGCCUGCAGCUCAGCUUCGAGGAGUACACCAUCAUGAAAGUGCUGCUGCUCCUGAGCACAGUUCCCAAGGAUGGUCUCAAAAGCCAAGCUGCAUUUGAAGAAAUGAGGGCAAAUUACAUUAAAGAACUAAAGAAGAUGGUAACUAAAUGUCCAAGUAACUCUGGGCAAAGCUGGCAGAGAUUCUACCAACUGACUAAACUUCUUGACUCCAUGCAUGAUCUUGUUAGUGACUUAUUGGAAUUCUGCUUCUACACCUUCCGAGAGUCUCAGGCACUGAAAGUAGAGUUUCCAGCCAUGCUGGUGGAAAUCAUCAGUGACCAGCUACCAAAGGUGGAAUCUGGGAAUGCCAAGCCCCUGUACUUUCACAGGAAGUGAUAGAAAAUGUCUUAAAUGGAAGAACUUUGCCUUAAGUUUCCCUGUGUUAUUCCACACCCAUGAAGGACCCAAGAAACCAUAUUUUAAACAUGCUCUUUACACUUGUUCAGCAGUCUCUGAAUAGUCUAAAAUCAUACGAAGGGUUUGGGGGAAUGGAAAGCAGUUGACUCGGAUUUGGCAAGACCUAGAUGUUUGGAAAUUACCCCAUAACCCUAAUACACUUAGAAAAUGUUCCUGUUCCUCUGGAUGAAAAGCCAUAUCUAGUCAAUAACUCUUUGAUUUUGAUAUUUUAACAGAUGGAGUUUUAAAUAUGCCAUGUAGUUUCUGGUAUUGUUUGCUUGUUUUAAAAGGGUUCGAGAACUAAUGAGAACUUUUUAAAGCUUACCCUUGGUUUGCACAUAAAACGUAAAGUCAAUAUGGGGCAUUAAUAUUCUUUUCUUGUAAAAAAAAAAAAAAAAAACAAAAAAAAAACCCAAAAAAAAUUACAAACAAAAGCUAUAUAUAUACACACACAUAUAUACACAAACACAAACCCUAACGUGUAAAGUAAUAACAGAACAUUUGGUGUGGAAUACUGUUAUCCCCACCUGUGGCAUUUGUUAUCCCAUGUUAUCCCAUCAUAGAUGAUAUACACUGUGUUAAGUGUCCAUUUACUAUUUAAUUCAAAAGGAUAAGAUGUGAAAAACAAAUGCCCUGGUAUCAAUUUAUAGUAUCUAUUGUGCUGGCUUUACAAAUAAUUUUUUGCAGUCUUUUGCUGUACUGUACAUUGCUGUAUGUAUAAAUUGUGAAGGACCUGAAAUAAGGUGUAAGGAACUUUUGUAAAUGAGACAAAAAAAUCUUUAAUGGUUAAUAGGAUGAAUGGGAAAGUAUUUUUGAAAGAACUCUAUUUUGCUGGAGACUAUUUAAGUACUAUCUUUGUCUAAACAAACAAGGUAAUUUUUUUGUAAAGUGAAAUGUUCUGCAUGCAUAAUGAACCGUUUACAGUGUAUUUAAGAAAGGGAAAGCUGUGCCUUUUUUAGCAUCAUAUCUAAUUUACCAUCCUACAGUAUCUGUUGUAAAUAACCACGCUUAACCUUUUCAGUUGUGUUUUAAGCCUUUCUAUUUCUCUCUCUAUUUUCCUCCCCUUUUGUCUCUCUUGCAAGCAUAUGUGACUUGAGCACAUCUUAGAACUCCUGCUUCAUAUAUCUGUAGGAAACUACACAGUUUUGUGUUUGCCACUUUACCAAGGUUUCAUUUAACAAGACAAAUUAUGGUCUCUCUCCAAAGCUUUUGCCAGCCUAAUGAUCUAGUGAGUUCUUGCCCUCUAUUCCCUUUCUCUCUCAGGGGAACAGGGGCAAGCAACACGUUGAAUGAUUUUUCUUUUUUUACUAAGGUUUCCCAGAUUGUUUGGUUUUGGUUUUGUUUUUUUCCUUUGAAUAGUGGAUCUAUAAAACAUCUUAAAAGUUCAGAUUAUUAUUUCAGAUGGGAGAGAUUGAUCUCUGGUUAUGCUGAAGGGAACAUGCAGAUCAUUACAGUAAGUAUAUCAAGGAGAUUUGUACUGGUGAGAGGGAUGGUGAGGGAUGAUAAGGGCAGAUAAGCUGAGUAGAAUUUUUAGUGAUAAACUAAAAGUAUCUGUAAUUUUGUAAGCAUUUUUGUAAUAAUCGGGAUACAUCCAAGAAGACAAAUGUUCACACUACAAGUUCAACUCAGUUGGUCUGAUUUUGUCUCAAAAAUGUUUUCUCUAGAAUAAGACUGCAAAGAAGAGAAUUUUUGAGGUGAUUUUCACUAUUUCACAAUUUAUAAGCAACUACAAGAUUUUGGAGUAGAAUAGAGGACAGGUGAACUUUUCUGAGGCUCAACUGUUGCUACCAUAUGCUCAUGUUUAAAUAGAAUAGUUUUUCAGAGUCCUAAUCUGUAGUGUUCUCUCUGGGUGCCACUGGUAUUUUUGAGCUAUAGUGUGUCCCUUGGCCGGUUGGAAUGUAGCAUUUCUUGUCAAUGGUGGUCGAAUUAAGAAUUCUACACCCUUUCUGAACUCAAAUUUGGAGGUGCACUGUGGUGCACUGAAGACAGUCAACGCUACUUGUCUUUUUAAAUGACACCUGCCUUAUGCAAUGGUAAAUCUGUAAAGACUGUAUUCAGAGAGGUUUUUUAUAUAUAAAUAUAUACAUACAUAUAUUAUUUGCAUUUUGGAAGUCUAAUUCAUAGGCAGAUCUUUAAAUACUGACCUGCACAGCAAUAUGAAAGCCAAACUUCCAACGUGAGAUAUACAGCAUGCAGACUGGUUGUUUACAGUAAAGACACAGUCAUACAUCCAUCUAUUCAUUUAGGUUUUUUUUUAAAGUCUAAAAUAGAAGAUUUCAAAGCCAGGUUCUGGGUGAAUACAGUCUGCAGCAGCUUUUUAUAUUAACAAAGUUACUGCCUCCUUUUCUGUCUCAGAGUAACUUUGCUUGACUAAAAUAGCAAAGCCAUAUUCUACACUUCACUGUUAAAUGCCUGUCCCAGUCCAAAUUGUUGUCUGUUUGCUCCUAUUUUUGUACCUUAUUACUUUUAAUCUUGGUUUGGUACAAUUCAUAAUUCACAGAAACGUCAUAUAAUUAAACACACUAAAUUAGUUUUAAAAAGCAAUUUAUAUCUUUAUGCAAAAACGUAUGUCUGUCUUUGCAAACAACUGUAAGCAGAUUAUAAUAAAUCCUUUACUUUAAUCA